AUGGCCAGGACCCAAGAAGUUGUGCUCAAGAACCAGCAAGAGCUGGAGGAGUUCAAGAAGAAACAAGAAGCUAAUGAUAUGAUCCUUCAACGCAUCUUGGGCCUCAACUCAGGUUCCUCUACAGUCCAUGGUUGUGCUGGGCCGUGUCGCUACUGCUGGUACUCAUAA